AUGCCGGAGCCAGUCCCUGCGCCUUUUACCAGUGUUUUUCGUACUUUGGAAACCCAGAACCAAAAGCUCAGGCGAAAUCGUCCGAGUGUAUCCUGCACAGCUUGUCAGAAGCGAAAGCUACGCUGCGACAGACGCCAGCCAUGCAGUGCAUGCGAGAAGAGAGGCCAUCAAGCGGCAUGCAGCUUUAGACCAUCUAGAUCUAAUGGAGACAGUAUCAACAAUGAUGUUACUAAGCAGGAUGUGCUUUCUCGACUUUCUAAACUCGAGGACAUGGUGAGAGAGUUUGCCGACGGUUCCGGUGAAGAUGGUACUAAAGGGGUGCCUGCUCCUAAGGGUUGGCAUGCAAAAGACACGGCAAAUGCCUUGCCUCACGACUAUGAAGCUGAUGAUGCCACCGUUUACUAUGGCUCAACCUCGUGGGCUGCUCUCGUGGAGAGCAUCCACGACAUUCAGUCUGUCCUGGAGUCUGAUUUCCAUCACCAACCUGUUUUCCAAGAGCAUGACGUUGUCUUCGGGGAUGUAGCUCCCGUAAACAUUGGUGUCAUUGUUAGCUGUAUGCCUCCUCAAACGGAGGCUGACAGGCUUGUCUCCGCCUGUUUUGGCUCUCAGCUCGUGGCAAUGCCGUUCCUUCACGAGCAUCACUUUCAAAGACAAUAUGAGGCGUUCUGGGAAUCGCCAAGUUCAACAAGUAUUCUAUGGAUCAGCAUUCUCUUCUCCGUCUUUAGUAUUGGCGCCACGAUAUCUCUGACCAAAGAAAAGUCUAUGGUGCCUCCUACUUCCAUGUUUGUUCCCGAGUACCAUGGAUACACGGAAAUGGCGGCACGAUGUCUUCUUUCUGGCCAAUACAACCAAGCUAAGAUAUAUUCCGUCGAAGCUAUACUGGCACACAUAUGUUCUCGAAGUCUUUCGGCAGACAACUCGCAUUCGGACUCCAUCUUGUGGUCAUUACAUGGACUAGCUGUGAGAAUCGGUCAAAGGCGAGGCUAUCACCGGAACCCACAGAUUGCAAAACGGCAGAACACCCCCUUCAACACUGAAAUGAGGCGAAGAGCUUGGUUUUCCAUCCGUUCCUUCGAUCUUGCGUUUUCCUCUCAACACGGAUUGCCGCCUAUAGUUCAUGAAGAGGAUUGUGAUGUGAACAUUCCAAGACAUUUGAUGGAUGGUGAUUUUGAUGAAAGCUGCGUCGAACUACCACCCGAACGAUCCUCGACUGACCCAACUCCUAUGCUGUUCUACGUACAGAAAGCAAAGCUAUUCCCGACCUUUGAUCGGAUCAGCCGCCGUGCUUUGGGAGUCAAACCAUCGACAGCUGAGCUAGUUAUGGAGCUCUCGGCAGCGCUGGAUACGUGGCAUGAGUCCAUUCCACCUUGCCUAGCAUACCAGCCGAUCAUUUCAGCCGCUCCUGCCGAUACCAACUGCACCAUUAUGCACCGGAUCUUGCUUGAACUGAUGUAUCUCAGGUCCAAAGGCUUCCUGCAUUGCCCUUACCUCGUUUGCACCAAAGGCCUGUGUCGCGAGCCCGCUAGGUCAAUGGACCUUUGCCGUGACGCAGCGAUGCAGAUCCUACAUAUCCAGCUCCAGGUCGAUCAAGCAACAUUACCCGGCGGAAAACUAUAUGAUGAUAGGCAGAUAAUCUUGAAGUUGACGCUAGAAGAUUUCUUGAACGCUACCAUAUUCCUAGGAGUCGAUUUGACGCAGACAAAGGACAUAAGUUUUGAUGAGCGACAAGCCCGGAUUGGUGCCGUACGGACAAGCUAUGAUAUCUGGCUCAAAAGUUCGCAUGAAUCUAGCGAUGCAAAGUUUGCAUGUCGAACCCUGCAGGCGAUUCUACAACAGAUUAAUCCCUCCUUCCAGAGCGAGGUGCCUUUGGGCGGUCAUUCAUCAACAGUUUCUCGCCACAGCGGCACAGAUGAAUCAUCUGGAGCGAUCUUCGAGACGAAUGGAACAAUUGACCACAUGGGGGAUGAGGAUUUCUUCUCGGAGCAGGAUAAAGACUUUGAGGACUUCCCGUCCUUUGGUUCUCUUGUUGCUGGCAUGGAGCCGUAUAGCUGGAACUCGAUUGCUCAGCUUCACCAGAACGCAUGGAUGGACGUAGCAUUCCCAAGUAACAGGCAAUAUUAA